AUGAUUAGUUCUCCUCGUUUCAGCAACCUCCUGUCUUGGGCGGUCGGCUUUGCAUCGGUGUUUGCCCUGGCUUUGGCAGCACCAAGUCUACAGCACAAGAGGAGCCAGAUCCAUAUCGUGUCUCCUGCUCAGCUGGGUGCUGGCUCUGAUCCUCGCCGCGCUGGGAUGAACGUCUCGGAAGCUUACCAGCCCAUCUCUUCCUUUCUAGUCAAGAAGCCGACAUAUCAAGUCUUCUCCAACUUUGACUUCCAAUCCAUUGCGCUCGCUUUGCACCAAGAAUACAUCGAGCUUGACCUCUUCAACUAUGCACUGGUCAAGUUCUCGGACGCCGACUAUGAUGCUGCUGGUCUCGAUGCCGACGACCGCCACCUCAUUCGUCACAUGGCUCAGCAGGAGAUUGGUCACGCUGUCGCCCUUUCCAAUAUGCUUGGGCCUAAGGCUCCCAAGAUGUGCACUUAUCGCUAUGAAUUUCAGACGGUUCCCGAAUUUAUCGACUUUAGCCAGAGGCUCACCAAGUGGGGCGAGUCGGGCGUGUACGGCUUCCUCAACCAGCUCGACAACCGAGCCAGCGCUCAGAUUCUGCUGCAAUCCAUUACCACUGAGGCCAGGCAGCAGAUGGCGUUCCGUCAGUUUGAAGGUCUCUUCCCAAUGCCCGAGUGGUUCGAGACAGGCGUUCCCCAGUCGUGGGCCUGGACAUUGCUGAGUCCCUGGAUCAAGUCCUGCCCUCAGGAAAAUCAGCCUCUAGCCUGGGAGAUCUACCCCGCACUCAAUUGGUCUAACCAGCCGGACGCAAUCGCUGCUGGCAAGGCAGCUGGUGGACCUUCCAUCUCGAACAAUGUUACCGCUCUGACUGAGGAAGGUCAGGAAAACAUGUUCACGUGGGACUCGCCUGGAAAGACGCAGGGUCCUUAUAACCAGAAGACCAAGACGCACACAUCUGGGGUUCCCAGAUUUGCUGCCUACGUUUCGCAAUUCAACGUCACUUACGCUUCUCUCUACGAUGUCGACACGAAUGCGCGAACGGCCAAGGCCAGGCAACCUGGAGGAACCGUGUAUGCUCAGGGUCCUACACUCGUCAACAGCACCAUCUUUGUCGCUCUUACCGACAGCGACACCUUCUACACACCUGCCAACCUUUCUCUCAUCAACUAUCACGUGGUGGCAGGCCCCGCUAUCUACCAGGCUGGUUGA